AUGCAUCCAUCUCUUCUCCCCAAAUACCGUGGAGCUGCCCCCAUUCACCAUGCAAUCAUCAACGGUGAUAAAGAAACAGGGAUUUCCAUCAUCACUCUUAGCGACAAGCAGAUCGACGCGGGAAAAUGUCUUUACCAAAAAACCCUCGAAAUCGAUCCCUUAAUGCACUAUCCCCAACUCGCCACUUAUUUGGCUCUCGAAGGCGGAAUGGCCGUAAUGGACACGCUGUACAACAUCGAUACGAUUAAGCCGAUGGACCAGGAUGAAUCGCAAGUCACACAAGCUCCCAAAAUCAAAAAGGAGCUGUCGUUUGUCGACUUCGCUUCCAAAACGGCCACGGAAGUGUUCAACUUAUUCCGAGCGUUGAAUUAUGACUAUCCUCUUCGCUGUUUAUGGGGAGAGAAAGUGGUUUUCUUGCGGUCCAUGGCGCCCAUCGAGAAGCCGGAAGUUUCUGGGAAGUUUUUGCCGAAUGCUGCGAACUACGCGGCUGGAACGGUGCUGUACUGCAAGGAGAGGAAGAAGCUGAUCAUUCGCUGCAAGGACAACUGGAUCUAUUGCGAUGAAGUGCAGAUCAUGCCGAAGAGUCAGAGUGUGAUGGCUUCUGUGAUCGGGAACGAGUUCGGGAAGGAGGAUCAGAAGUUUUGUCAGUUUAAGGGCUAUUACUGUGUUUGA